AUGGCAUCGUAUUUCAUGCCGUCGUUUUUCCAGAAACGACUGCUCAAAUAUGUCCUGUCUCGCGUGGGCCUCGUCGAAACGGAGGCGUUAGAUCUGGAUAACCUUGGCAUCAGUUGGGGCCAGCGCUCUGUUGUUGAGCUGAGAGAUAUUGGCUUGAAAUUAGAUAAAUUAUCGACCCUCCUAAACAUACCUGCUUCGUGCCAGCUACUUAGUGCCCGUGUUCGCCUUCUUCGAGUCACCCUUCCGGCCGACUUCCACAGCAGCGGCAUCGUUUGUGAGGCGGACGGCAUCGAUGUACACACCCGACUAUUACCGGAGGAACCAAAGAAAAGCAAACAUGGAAAACGGAAAAGCGAUGGCCUCGAAUCUCCCACGGUUCCCACGCCGUCAGGUCUUGCGGAGUCGUUCCUUGAAUCUGAGCCGAGGGAGGAAAGGGAAGAGCUACAGGCUGCUAUAUCGUCACAAUCUCAGGUUCUGCCACGCGAUCCUUCAGCUUGGAGCGCCAAUGAUGAUGAUGAAGAGCUUGGCCUUGGGGCCGAAACGUUGUCUCUACCGAGCUUCGUGGCUGGGUUCUUGAAAGGCGUCAUGGAUCGCUUUCAACUCCAGGUCAAGAAUGUCGUUGUGCGUGUGGAUAUGGAGUUGAAACAGGAUGGAACGUCAAAACGGCAACCAGAACAUAAGCCGGACCUGGUUGCGGCUCAGCUUAGUAUUGGGGCAGUCGAUGUACAUGGGGUAUCUGGGGUAACUGUUGGUUCUGGGGAGGGUUCACUCUUGCGAGAAGGGAAACGACUCGUAUCAAUCACCGAUGUCAGUGUUAGUUUGAUUUCGGACCCGACAGUGUUCUCAAACUACUCUCGGUUCGCCACUCCUGCGUCUCCCACGACGACCAUGCGGUCGAGAGGUAGCCAGCCAUCAAGCAGAACACCCUCACCUGCUCCAUUAUUAGAUCAUUCUGAAAACUCUAAUAACUCUUAUCGCUCUGACCAUUCAGAUCCUUCAGAUCCUUCAGAUCAAUUUGAUCAGGACCCUCUCGCUAUGACUCAGUCUACGAUAUUAGAACCACCACGAGAAUUUGGCCACUCUAGUGCCACCGCUCGUGGCUUGGGAGAAUCUGCAUUUUCUCAUGAUGGCCGAUUUUCAGACGCGGAAUCCGAGUCCGGCAGCCAUCCGGGAGGAUAUCUAGAAGAUUCCCAGGUGUUUGGAGAUGAUCCAUUCCAAGACAAUCCGGCAUAUCUAGACUCGGUGAUUGACGCUCAGUUUGAUGACUUCAAUGAGCAUUCGCCAGUGCUACAGCCUAGAGAGGAUCGGCUGUCAGGAAGUGGAUGGAGAAGUCAUUACUCGUCUGGUCCGGGAAUUUUGAACCAAAGCCAUCAUGCUGAAUAUCCUGAACAGCAACCACCGCUAUCAAGCAGCCUGCAUGCCUCUAAUGCCUUCGAAACACACCAAAGCCAGAUUGGCUCUGAAAUUAAUGAAUCCACGCAACUUGAACAACAGCACAGCAAUUACUAUGACAACGAAUAUAAUGAAUUAUUGCAGAGGAGUGCUUCAUUGCAUUCUUCUCCCCCACCUUCAGAACCUGAAAGCCCAGGCUCAAAAGAAGAAACCCCACAUUCUGACCUUAUUGAGUCUAAAUAUUUCUCCCAUGACGAAGCGCAAAGCCUCUACAUGAGCGCUAUCAGCCAGGGCCCUGAUGCGAGUUUCACGCCAAACAUGCCUGGAGCAUGGGGUUCUUUUGACGGCGCUUCACAUAACAAAGGCUCUUCUGAUAAUGGCAGUACCAAGGCUGCAGGUGUUGAUCAUACUGAGCCCGCUCAGGCGCAAGGCGAAACGAUGCCGAAAAUUCCAGAUUUACCAAAAGAACCCCCCGCUGAACAGUAUACUUUGGACGACCAAGCCAAAUGUCAGCAUCUGCCCGGCGACCGACCUUCCACACCAUUAUCGUCUGGUCUUACCGGAACUAAUGAAAUUAGAAAACCUGUUCUGUCGGUCGCCCGGGUCUUGCUUUGGGUUCCACCCCAAGCUUCGGAAGACGAAGCACCAAUGCAAGAGCCGUCAAUACCGGAAAGAGAAAAGACAGAAAUCGAUCUGAAGGAGUCUACGUCUGGCUUCGGAGAUUACGCGCCCGAAGAAAGCUUGCUUGCCUCUAGGGCUUAUGCAUCCACUCGAUUUGGGAGAGCUGUUUCUGAGCCACGAACCCAGGCGAGUACUAGUCCUGAAUUACCUGAAAUCGCCGUGGAAGUAUUUUUGGUCUCCAUCCAUUUCGACAUCGCCACUGGUUGGCUUUUGACCAAGAUCGGACAAAGGGUUUUGCAUGCUCUUGGCACAGCUGAAAAAAAUCUGUCUGAGAAGCAAUCGCCGAAGGACCAGCCCUCGCGCCAACCACCUGUUCAUCUUGUCGUUCAUGAUCUUUCGGUCAAAUUCAUUGAACAUGUUCCAGGACAUGCUCAUGCGUCCAAACACGAUGAGUCGUCCAUGUCUUCUCCGUACUCUAUGGAGGAUGUAAUCCUUCGUCUCACAGUAUCUGGUCUGGACGUUCGUCUUUCUACGCAAUGCUCGAUGACGAAUUUAAAUCUUGAUGUCUCCAAAUUUACAUUUGGAUUCGCUUCCGAAGAUCUCAUUUCAUUUAAUGAGACAUUGAGGAUGCGUGAAUCUACCCGUGAUAUGAUGAACCCCUCACAGGGAGAUAUCUCUAUCUCUCUAGUAAAAUCUGCAGACCUGGCCAAGGUUGAGGUCUCCACGCUUCCUCUCCAUGUCAAUCUCAAUAUCCAGCGUCUGGAAGAGGUCCUAGGCUGGAUGGGUGGUCUGAGUACCAUCCUCGAACUUGGAAGUUCAAUGUCGUCCGUGUCAACAGUGAAAGGCAGUCCACCCUUUUCAAAGCAACGUCCGCGAGGGGUGCAUUUUGAGACGCCCAUUCCAGUCACCGAGACGGCAAAUGGCAAGUCAAUGCUGUGGAAAAUUAACGCCCGGGUUGGCGCCAUACUUUUGGACGUUAUAGGAGAAACCCAUUGCCUUCAGCUUACGACGACCGCUGUCAAAGUCGUGAGCAGAUUCGAAGGCAUUGGCAUUCAAGUAGACAAGGCGAAAUUGGUUGGACCGUUCUUACUUGAUGACAAUUCAGUUGAUACACCUGCAAAAGUUACUCUGGAGAACAUUCGCCUCGAGUUCCUUUUUGCGCCCAAGGAGGUUGAUCUUGACCGUCUUUUGACGUUGAUUACUCCUUCCCAGGACAAAUACGAAGAGGAAGAUGAUAUCAUGCUGGACACAUUGCUGCGGCAGCGGCGGCAAGGAUCGGUUCUUCGUGUGACUGUGACAAGCAUGAAAACGCUGGUUUCAGACAUCGGUGGAUUAGAACCCCUGUCAUCUCUUGGCGUUGAGCUAAGCCGGCUCUCCAACGUCACCAAGUAUCUACCGGAAGAUGACCGGCCCGGGAUUCUUACCCUCCUGCUGGUGCGUGGUCUUGAAGGACACGUUCACGUUGGCGGGAAGGUCGGGGACAUUAACACCCAUCUUACCGAUGUCGAAGUUGCACAUAUUACCAUGCCUUCGCUUACCGCAGCUCAGAUUGGGAAGAUCUUUGUACACCGAAACAAAGAUGAGAAGCUGAUUGGGCAUGCUUUGUGGCCGUCGGACAAAUAUGAAGACCCAGACCAGUCGAGUCCGCCGGUCCUCAUGGCUCGGUUCAUCCCCGAUGAGAUGGACCCGACCUACAAGAUCAAAUUGCAUAGCCUUCUCGUCGAGUACACGGUGCCGGCAAUCGCAGCCUUCCUUGGACUGGGUAUUGACACGACGAGCGCAGAUGUGGCUAGUAACAUGGCCAAUUCCAUCGCGAAUUUAGCAGAAAAUCCAGCGCCAUCACCAUUGAUAAGCUCACCAGGGAAAUCGGAUUCAUCCGGCUCUUCUGCGAAGCCAGUCAACCUGGCAGUUGUGUUCAGAGACUGUGUUCUUGGACUUAAUCCUCGCAAUUCGCAAGCGAAAGGACUCGCUGUGUUUACCAAUGCCAAAUUUACCGGUAGUUUGAAUGACGAUGAAUCUGCAGAAGCAUCGUUGGAUAUUAAGAAAGCUUCACUAAUGGUCAUCGACGACGUCUUCAAUGAGGGUUCAUACAAUUUGCACCAACGUGACUCGGCCGUUGCUCAAAGUAGCCAGGUCCAGGCGUACAUCGAUCAAGGUUAUGUUCCUGUUUCCUCUAUAUCAUCAGCAACUGCUGGUGUUAAGUUGGCGACCGUUGCCGAAGACGGGACAAAAUCACUGGAUGUCGAGCUCAGAGAUGAUCUGUUGAUUUUGGAGACUUGCGCGGAUUCAACCCAGACACUCAUCAGUAUCAUGAACGGACUUCAGCCUCCGACUCCGCCUAGCGUCAAUGUCAAAUAUCGAACUGAGGUCAUGCCUCUCCAAGACAUGUUUGCCUCUUUCACUGGAGAUGCUUUCGCGGCCGCUUCUCCUCUUUCCGCCGAUGAUGACUUGUCAACCAUCGCCGAGGAAUCGUCCGUUGAAGACCAGUUGACCGAAGAGCUCGAGUAUGUUAGUGACUUCUCUGCGAAACGGGAUGGCUUUGGCGCAGGAGGCUCCGAUGAUCUUCUGGACAGCUUCCAUUCACAAUACCAUGUGUCUUCCAGCCUGACAGAAUUGGACUUCCAGGAGGAUCACUUCGCAAAGAAAUCCGCCGUGGGUGGAACUGCGCAUCGGUGGGAUUCCACUCAGAACACCUACGGUCUCACCAACGAUACGAAGCUACAGCGGAGUCCUCUUCGGGUCAGAGUGCGAGACGUGCAUUUCAUCUGGAACCUGUUCGAUGGAUAUGACUGGCAACGCACUCGCGACACUAUCUCCAAAGCUGUCAAGGACGUCGAGACCAAAGCUACUGAGCGACGUGCCAGGGGCUCACGGGUGUCACCUUCUGUGGAAGAUGAUGAAGAAUCCGUCAUUGGAGACUUCCUUUUCAACUCGAUCUACAUCGGGAUUCCGGCCAACAAGGAUCCGCGAGAACUUCACCGCGAGAUUAACCAUGACAUUGAUGAUUUCACCAGCGAGACCGGGAGCUAUGCGACCUCCACAACGGUGACCGGAGCCGGCAGCCGCCAGGGCCGAUCUUCUUCUAAGAGGGAGAAGAAGCUGCGUUUGCAUAGGAGCAAACAGCACAAGAUGACAUUUGAAUUGAAGGGUGUCUGCGCCGAUUUGAUUCUUUUUCCGCCCGGUUCAGAAGAGACGCAGAGCUCGUUAGAUGUGCGCAUCAAGGAUCUGGAAAUCUAUGACCACGUCCCGACGUCUACAUGGAAGAAGUUCGCUACCUACAUGCACGAGGCUGGGGAGAAGGAAAGCGGAACGAGCAUGGUCCACCUUGAAGUCCUGACUGUGAAGCCCGUACCCGAACUAGCUGCAUCAGAGAUUGUUCUGAAGGCUACCGUACUCCCUAUCCGUCUACACGUUGACCAAGACGCCCUCGACUUCAUGAGCCGAUUCUUCGAAUUCCGAGAUGAAUCUGCCGAACCAUCCAGCACCUCAGGCGAUAUUCCCUUCCUACAACGGGUAGAGGUUAAUGCGAUCCAAGUGAAACUAGACUUCAAACCCAAGCGAGUCGAUUACGCAGGCCUCCGAUCCGGCCGAACAACCGAGUUUAUGAACUUCUUCGUCCUCGACGGGGCAGACAUGGUCCUCCGCCACGUGAUAAUCUACGGCGUCUCCGGAUUCGACCGACUAGGCCAAACGCUCAACGACAUCUGGAUGCCAGACGUUAAAAAAAACCAGCUCCCGGGCGUCCUAGCCGGUCUCGCGCCAAUUCGCUCCCUCGUCAACGUCGGCGGAGGCGUCCGCGAUCUCGUCGUCGUUCCAAUGCGCGAAUACAAAAAAGACGGCCGGAUCGUACGAAGCAUCCAAAAAGGCGCCGUAGCAUUUGCCAAGACAACCUCCAACGAGCUCGUCAAGCUAGGCGCGAAACUUGCCAUCGGAACACAAACCGUCCUCCAAGGCGCCGAGGAUCUCCUCACGACCCCUUCGCCCUAUGACGAGGAUGACGAAGACGAAGCGAAGAAGGUCUCGCUGUAUGCCGACCAGCCUGUGGGUGUGGUGCAAGGCCUUCGUGGCGCAUAUAGUGGUCUCGAGCGCGAUCUGCUGUUAGCGCGCGAUGCUAUCGUUGCGGUUCCGGGGGAGGUUGUUGAGAGUGGGAGUGCCAAGGCUGCUGCGAAGGCUGUUUGGAGGAGGGCGCCGACUGUUAUUCUUCGGCCUGCGAUUGGGGUUUCGAAGGCUGUUGGGCAGACACUGCUUGGGGCGGGGAAUUCGCUUGAUCCGAGUAAUCGGCGGAAGAUGGAAGAUAAGUACAAACGGUACUGA